GAGCUGACUUGGCCGAGGCUUUUUGGGCCGGGCGGGAAAGCUCAGGGUCGUCUUUGGUUCUGGCGGGGGGAGGGGAGAGUUUUGCAUAUGACGGAAUCUGGACAAACGUCCCAGAACCAUUCAAACUUAUUCCUUGCUACUCAAUCUUAUACUGUAAUCACAACUGCAACCGCAAUAAUGGCCGGGAAGUUUGAACCCAAGGUUCCUGUGAACCUCGACCCCCCAAAGGACGACAUCAUCUCUCGAGAAGAGCUCGCUAAAGCCAAUGGUGCGGAUGGAAACAAGUGCUACGUGGCCAUCAAGGGCAAGGUUUACGACGUUACUGGAAACAAGGCUUACCUUCCCGGAGCUUCCUACAAUGUGUUUGCCGGUAAGGAUGCCUCGAGAGCUCUCGGCAAGACCUCCACCAAGCCAGAGGAUGCACGGCCAGAGUGGCAGGAUUUGGACGAGAAGGAAAAAGGCGUAUUGAAUGACUGGAUCACUUUCUUUUCAAAGCGGUACAACGUCGUUGGUGUUGUUGAAGGUGCCACGAACAUGGACUGACUAGCCGAGUACCCUCCGAGUACUCAAGUCAAGUUAUAAAACCUCCAUAUUCAUACUAAUUUAUCCUUUUUGUGGAUCACAAGCAGUGAUUAGAAUUCCCAGAUCUCCGCCGUUACGGGCCCAUGGAAGCUGAAAGGAUUUCAGAUGCAGUAUCUCGCUCAAUAACUGGUCCUAUACGUUGGCCGAUAUGCUGAGAAACUAUCUCAAGACCGACGACACAAACGACCACUUCUCUGGCUCAAGCUACAGUUUGCCCUUGUGUACUCAAUCGAGACAAACCUGACUUAGGCAGUAGAUGCUCCGCUUCAAGUCCACCCGUUCCAGCUUUCAUGCGUCGUCAACUUAGUGCUCUCGCACAAGCAGCGUUGCACAAAACGGGCCCGCAGCGGUCCUAUCUUAUCCUUACCAUUUCGACCCAUCCUUCCAUCUGUGGUCGGAGAAAAGCUAGGGGUAGCAUCUACGCCUGACAUCCCCGUUUCACACGAGUGUUAGUCUCUGGACAGACAGACAGACCUGGACACCGAAGCUUGAGCACUACGUGUCACAUAUGAGAUCUUUGGUGACCAAAAAGAGGUUCAUUAAUACUUGAAUCAUACGUGUGCUGUGACUAUAAUUAUCUCAGCGGUGAUUUCUACUCAUGUAUACGAACUGUUUGACAAAAAUAGAGGUAAUGGCCUUUAUGAUCACAGAUGGGGAUGAACAAGAUGAGGAUCUUAGUCAACAGCAAUAAUAAGGCAUUGAUAACCCAAACUCAUAACUAAUUGAAAACCUCCAAACUUAUCCGCC